AUGAGCGCAACAGCUCAUAACGAUCCCCCCCCAGUUAAGAACCCCUUUUUCGAAGGGGGGAUAAGAGAGGGAGAGGAGAGGAGCCACGGCCGCGAGCCCCACUGCCUCCCACCCACAGGGUCCGUCAUGGAAGGGCAUGGUGGCAGGCGCGGGUGGGGCAGCAUGAUCGGUACCCCCUCUCGCCCCCAACCCACAGUGGCCGCCGCUGUAGCAGGGCAUUGGCAGAGCGGGCGCGUGCGCGGCUGUGAUGUCGGGGCGUGGCAGAGCGGCGGCUGGGGCGCGACGGAGCCGCAGGUGAGGCGCGACAUGGGGAUGAACGAGGCCAGCGGGGCGCACGACAGGGCGACAAAUGAGGUCUGUGGGGCGCGCGAUGGGGAGACGAGCGGGGCGCACUACUGGCAACGUGAUGGGCUGCUUGACAGUGCGCGCCAUUGA